AUGCGUGAUAUCACAACAGAUGGCGCUUCUGUGCUGCUGUUGCAGUAUGAAAAUGGCCUAAGUGAAUGUGAGCGUGAGUCGUGUACAGCGAACACAGGACUCGUCUUUGUCAAUCAGAUGAUGUAUUGGAGAGAUGCUCAGAGUUACUGCAGACAGAAUCACAUUGAUCUGGUCAGUGUGAGGAACCAGAAUGAGAAUCAACAGGUUCAGAAGAUCAUUAGUGAUAGACAGUUAUCUGGAUCACAAGUCUGGAUCGGUCUGUUCAGAGUCAGAGACUCAUGGCAGUGGUCAGAUCAGAGUAACUCCUCAUUCAGAUACUGGAGGUCUGACCAACCUGAUAAUUAUGGAGGUGGUGAAGACUGUACAGUGAUGAAACUGAUCACUCAGGAAGGAUGGAUUGACGUCUCUUGCACCAGUCUAUAUCCUUUUGUGUGUCAUGAAGAUAAACUGAUUGUGAUCAGAGAGAGUCUGACGUGGGCUGAAGCUCUGAGAUACUGCAGACAGAAUCAUGUGGAUCUGGUCUCGGUUCAUUCAGAAGAGAUUCAGCGUCGUGUGAUGAACGUGGUUAAACGGGCGUCUACUGCGGCGGUGUGGUUGGGUUUACACAACUACUGCAUCAUGAACAUGUGGCUCUGGCUGAGUGGAGAGAUCGUGUGCUAUCAGAACUGGGCUCCAGGGAACGGAACGACUCCAGAAAACUGCAAACUCGAGAAGAGAAAAGGAGCAGUUCAGUCUGGAGGAGAUCAGCGCUGGAUCAGCCUUCCUCAAUCUCACAAACUCAACUUCAUCUGCAGCAGAUAUUAAGAGCUAAUGUGUUUACUUACAUUCACGCUUUUCAUGGGCUACUUCAUUAUUUUUCUGGUUUACUUUUAUGUUUGAUUUGUUAUUUAGUAAGUUCUGAGUGAAUCUGCUUAUUGGGUUUUAAAAGUAGCCAGAAGUCUGUUUUAUUUCUGCAUUAUGAAAUAAGAAAUUCUUUGUAUAUCCGGUGUGGUUAAACUAUGUUUUGCACUUAUCAUAUCAUUUGAACACAAACACAGAACAUCAGCUCAAAUAAACUCAUCUAAAGUCAGUACUGUCUCCUAUUUCCUGAUUUCCCCUCAACGUCACAUUAAACUGAAUUAUAUGUGGGCCUGGGAUUCGGUAACAUUUGAACUUGAAAUAUAUUUUUUCAACUACAUUCAUUUUCUAAAUACCCCACAUCAUUAGGCAAAUAUCAAAAAAAAAAAAAAAAUCAUAUUUUCCCACCUCAG